GACCCAUAAAAGAUUUGAGUUCUGGUUCAAAGUUAACCCGUGUAUCCUUAUGUGGUAUCCACGUGUCAGAAUCUUCAUCGCCGAUAGAACGCACGACGUCAGCAUCCCGGGCUCUACUCCUCCCCCAGAUCGAUCGCUUCCAAUGGCAGUCAACGAUCCCCAUAAAACAUCGCAAAAUUAAAGAAAUCUGAAAACGGCGAAUUGUUCGGAGCAUCGUAAAGAGAUUUAAAUAGAGUGUGAUUUAUCUUGUACACUGGUUUUUGAUUGGUCUUGAAAAGCUGUUUCGCCGAUCAGAGUUUGGCGGUUUCACGAGCGGUUUUGGUUUUUCAUGGUAUGGGAAGAAUGGGAAGUGGCGUGAGAAGUUACUCGGCGAAUCCCAAUGAUUACAAGCUUCUAGAAGAGGUCGGUUAUGGUGCUAGCGCCACCGUCUAUAGGGCGAUCUAUCUUCCUUUCAAUGAAGUUGUUGCCGUUAAGUGUUUGGAUCUCGAUCGCUGCAAUAGCAAUCUGGAUGACAUUCGUAGGGAGGCUCAAACAAUGAGCUUGAUAGAUCAUCCUAAUGCAAUAAGGGCAUACUGUUCAUUUGUUGUUGACCGAAACCUUUGGGUGGUUAUGCCAUUUAUGGCUGAGGGCUCGUGUCUACACCUUAUGAAGAUAUCAUUUCCAGAUGGAUUUGAAGAGUCUGCUAUUGGUUCUAUCCUGAAAGAAACUCUUAAGGCUUUGGAGUACCUGCAUCAACAUGGACACAUCCAUCGCGAUGUUAAGGCUGGAAACAUACUACUUGAUAGUAGUGGGUUGGUGAAGCUUGCUGAUUUCGGUGUUUCAGCCUGCAUGUUCGAUAAAGGUGAUAGACAACGCUCAAGAAAUACUUUUGUAGGAACCCCAUGCUGGAUGGCUCCAGAGGUGUUGCAGUCAGGAAAUGGAUAUGAUUUUAAGGCUGACAUGUGGUCAUUUGGAAUUACUGCACUGGAGUUGGCUCAUGGUCAUGCACCCUUUUCAAAAUACCCCCCAAUGAAGGUUCUUUUAAUGACCAUUCAGAAUGCCCCUCCUGGACUUGACUACGACCGUGAUAAAAGGUUCUCUAAGUCUUUUAAAGAAAUGGUUGCAAUGUGCUUGGUGAAAGAUCCAACAAAGAGGCCAACUGCAGAAAAGUUGCUAAAACACUCCUUUUUCAAGCAUGCUAAGCCUCCAGAACUUUCUGUAAAGAAACUCUUUGCUGACUUGCCACCGCUAUGGAAUCGUGUCAAAGCCCUCCAGCUUAAAGAUGCUGCACAACUAGCUUUGAAGAAAAUGCCUUCAGCAGAACAAGAAGCAAUAUCACAGAGUGAGUACCAGCGAGGUGUUAGUGCCUGGAAUUUUGAUAUAGAGGAUUUGAAAGUCCAAGCAUCACUGGUGCAAGAUGAUGAAAUUCAAGAAAUGAAGGAAGAAGAUGAAAGCAUGAAAUUGUUUGUUAAUAAUAAGGAUGCAUCUAAUUCAAGAUCUAGUCUGGGAAAAUCAAUCUCCACAAUUGACAUUAUCAGCAGUGAAGAAAAGAGCGGUGAUGAAGUUUACCCAGUUGAGUGCGUGAACAAAAAAGGAAAAAAUCUGGAAAGUGAUUUACUAGAUUCUGAAAAUCAAUGUAAAAAUGGUAUAGAGAAAUAUGGAUCAAGAACUGAGCUGCUACCACCAACCUCAGAUAAAGAUGCUGCACAAGCCAAGACAAAAACUUCAACAGGAAAAAAUCGCCGGACUCAGAGUGGUCCACUCAUGCCUGGUAUUGUGCUAAAUCAUUCCAAGUCAGAAAGGGGGCGUAAUUUUGAAAGGUGUGAGAUUGAAAACCAACCACCAGUUGAGAGAGUUCAACGUGAAGUACGGAGAGCACCGAGCUUUAGUGGUCCAUUGAUGCUUCCAAACCGAGCUUCAGCAAACAGUUUAUCAGCUCCCAUUAAAUCUUCAGGAGGAUAUAGAGAUUCUUUGGAGGACAAAUCAAAGGCCAAUUUGGUGCAAAUAAAAGGGCGGUUUUCAGUAACUUCCGAAAAUGUUGAUCUUGUAAAGGAUAUUCCGUUAUGCACAGUUCCUCGAAGAUCUUCACAGGGAUCUCCCCUAAGGAAAUCUGCUAGUGUUGGAGAUUGGUUGCUUGAUUCCAAACAAUUGCCUGUCAGUCAGUCUCCCAAGGAAAUUGGCAACGGUAACAUACCUGCGUCACUUCUCAUGCUCCACCUUCAGAACCUUUUUCAGCAGACAUCAAUUCAACAGGAUAUCAUUAUGAAUUUGUUGAAUAGCUUGCAACCUGCUGAGGUCACAGAUGCUUCUCAAAAUGGAAAGUUGUCAUCGUUACCUCGCAGUUCUGAGAUUAAUGGAAAUGUUGAAUAUGCAGUGUCUGAAAGGGAGCGUCUACUGUUUAUCAAGAUCUCUGAGCUUCAAGCUAGGAUGAUAAACUUAACUGAGGAGUUGACUGCUGAAAAAUCAAAAUACAUGCAAUUACAACAGCGGCUAAAUGCAGAGUCUGGUCACGAAGGAAAUGAGGACGGAAGAGAAGGGAAUGCUUAAAAAGUAAAAACAUUUUGAUAGAUGGGUAAAGCGAGACCACCAUGUAUAUUCAG